AUGCUCGGAAGCAAUGGAUGGCGCGCUCUAGCGCUAUCCCUCGCCUUCGCACCACAGGCGUUGGCGGAUAUCUGCUCCACUCUCAAACAAGGCGGAAUCGACAUCGAGUACCCUCUCACACUGGACUACACCAGCGAUCUGACAAAGUACUGGUCCGCAGCAUGUGGCGACCUCAAGCCGACAUGCAUUGCAGCUCCGUCCAGCGCAGCAGAGAUGGCACAAGUCAUAAAGAACUUGCACAAUGUGGAAACUCUCUUCGCAGUCAAGAGUGGAGGUCACAUGCCUAACAAUGGAUUUGCUAGUAUCCAAGAUGGGCUGUUGGUCUCGACUAAGAACUUAGAUCAAGUUGAUUAUAAUCCCGAAGAUCAGACUGCCAUCAUUGGCCCUGGUCUUUCAUGGGAAGAGGCUCAAAAGGGCCUCGAUGGUACUGGUCGCUGUGUUGUUGGAGGACGUCUUGGUGGAGUUGGAAUUGGUGGAUAUAUGCUCGGCGGCGGCAUGAGUUUCCUCAGCACUCAAUACGGUUGGGCUGCCAACAAUGUCGUUGAUUAUGAAGUCGUUCUCGCCAACGGCACUAUUGUUCACGCAACCGAGACAGAAAACACAGACCUCUUUGCAAGUCUGAAAGGCGGAGGUAACAACUUCGGAGUCGUGACUGCAUACACCAUGCAGACUCACCCUCAGGACCACAAGGUCUGGGGUGGCAACUACAUCUUCACAUCCGACAAAACUCCCCAGCUCCUCACAGCGCUGCGCAACUUUGUCGACGAGUACCCUGAUGACAAGGCAGCCAUUAUUUUGACUUCGGAGCACGGCCUGCUCGUUGAUCUCUGGAUUAUGUUCGUCUUCUACGAUGGCCCCGAGCCGCCCGCCGGGGUUUUCGACGAGUUCACUGCCAUUAAACAUACCUCCACUGCUAAAACCUGGGACACCUACUACGACCUACUCAAGAACAACGACCAAUUUAUUCUCCAUGGACAACGCUACACUAUCGCCACCGAGACCACCCCUCUGCCCAACAAGACCGUGGGCUCAGGGGUGCUUCAAGAGUACUACGACCACUGGUUCAACGUGACCCAAUCAGUCAUUGGAGUUACCGGUGUCAUAGGCUCAAUUGCUUUCCAGCCUGUGCCCAGAACAUUCUCACAAAAGGCCAAGGACCGCGGCGGAGACCUUCUCGACGUUCCCGCCGAUCAACCUUACAUCUUCAUCGAACUUGACUUCUCCUACGGACUAUCCAUUGACGAUGGAAAGAUCGACGCAGCUAAUAUUGAACUCUACCAGGGAUUGGACAAUCUUGUGCAGAAAAACAUCAACAAUGGUCUUCUCCCCGAUGUGUACCGACCGUUGUUUAUGAACGACGCCUAUUACCGUCAGGAUUACUGGGGUCGCAUCAGUCCAGCCUCCAAAGAACUGGCUCUUCAGACAAGAAAGCGUUACGACCCCGAUGGGUUCUUCCAGAAACGGACCAGCGGCGGCUGGAGACUGAAUGAGUAA